AAAUUAAGUGCUGUAUUCAAUUAUCAACAAAGUUGAGAACCCCUGCUGACUGACUGUUUUUACCGACAAAAACGACCGUGCUGGGAAUGUAAUAUUUACUAACAAUUCACGAUAAUUAAACGAAAUAAAGAAAAUUUGAGCCACGUCGGCGGGAAGUCAAAAAUAUGGAACGAACUUACGAGAGAAUCAAAUCGUCGUCGUUUCUCUGUGCUUCGCGUGUGGAAGAGUUUGCGGUGCGGUAAAUACGGGAGGUUAGGUUUGCCAAGAAAAUGUUCAUUAACGUGAAAAACACAAGAUACAGUGAAUUUUAAUAACGAAAAUAAGUGGUGACCUCGACAAAAAAUAUUUCAAAAAUAGAGGAAAAUAUGCCUAGAUUGUCGUUAUUACCACGCACCUCACGCAUCGUCGCGUUGUGCUCAGCUGCCAAUUUUAUUAAUGCAGCUGAUCGCGUUAUUAUGCCAAUUGCCAUUGUACCGAUGACAGAUCAGUUCAAAUGGAACUUACAUUGGCAGGGAUGGAUUUUAUCCGCUUUCGCUUUCGGGUAUUUCACGAGUCAGAUCAUAGGAGCAAGCACGGCUAGCAAAUUUGGUUGCAAGACAGUCUUAAUGUCUGCUGUACUUCUAUGGUCGAUAAGUACAGCAAUAACGCCAUUACUGGCUCACUCUAUACCGCUACUCAUAAUUUGUAGAGUUAUUCUUGGUCUCGGUGAAGGUCUAGGACUGCCAGUAAUCUUUCAUCUAUUCGCUCACAAUGUUCCAGUUGAGGAAAGAUCCAGAGCUUUUGGUUACCUUGUUGCUGCUGGUUCUGUCGGCCAAGUUGUCGCUUCCAUUAUCUGCCCCCAUCUACCAUGGCAAAGUGGUUUUUAUAUAUUUGGUAUAAUCGGUAUAAUCUGGACCUCUUUAUGGAUGAUCCUGUAUCCAGAGACCAGCUCUCAAGAGGAGAUUCCAAUGUUUGUACCAAAGGUCAUACAAAAUCGAAGUUUAAGAUGGACCGAAUUCAUUGCUCACUGGCCCCUUUGGUCGUUGUACAUAGCACAUUUUGCAAUGAAUUGGAGCAAUUAUAUAAUAAUGCAAUGGCUGCCAACUUAUUUGGCAAGAAAUUUGUCCGCUAACACUGAAAGUAUCAGCCUAACUGCACUUCCUUACAUCGUUAAUUCUCUCGUUGGAAUCGUUGCGGGUCACAGUGCCGAUAAUCUUAUUCAAAAACGAUGGUCAGUCUUAUCAGUAAGAAGAUUAAUGACUAAUAUAGGUCUAGUUGGACCAGCAGCAUUUUUGUUAGCGUUUUACGCCGUUGACAAUUUAGUUGCAGCAGUUAUUUUCGUUUCGAUUUCGAUGGGACUUUGCGCUUGCAACUCGGCAGGACAUCUCAGUAAUCAUGCCGAAGUUGCACCCAAUCAUGCAGGAAUUACUUUCGCGAUAUCAAACACGAUUGCAACCAUACCGGGAAUACUUUGUGGACCGUUAACCGCUGAGCUCGUUACUGCGUCUCACGGCCGUUGGAUGCCAGUUUUUGUAUUAGCAGCAGCUAUCAAUUUUACCGGAGCAAUCAUUUACCAAAGUCAUAGCUCGGCACUUCCGGUAUUAUGAUGCGAUCCACGUGAUCUCAUUAUCACUGCUAUGCCGACAGAAAUCUUUGCAAGUUGAUUGAAGACUUUCUUAAAACAACGGUUUUUCGAUUCGUCAACGCCAUGAAUUUUUGAAACCCGAAAUUCUGGUUUGCGGAUAACUUAUGCACCAUUUUUUGGAUUGUUGACCAUCUAUUUUUUGUGAGCCUACAAACGUUCUUUUAAGCAUGAAUUCUCGAUGAAAAACACAGUCUUGAUAAAGGCUGGUUUAAUUUGAAAAUUCAAAAAAUGUCAAGUUUUUCCUUCUCGUGUCGGAACACCGAAAUAUUUGGGCUCCAAUGAAACAGCGACUUAGAAACAUAUCAUCAUUUAUUCUUACUUUUUUGUUAUGCUUGGUUCAAUUAAGGAGAAAAAAAAAUUCAACCCUUCAAACUUGAGAUCGAAAGUAAUGAAAAAAAAAAAAAAAAAAUUAAUGUUCAAUGAAAUUCGAAAUAUUCUAUUAGCCUCAGUACCAACGAAUUGUAAAUUAUGUUAAAUAUUACAAUGUAAAUAAUAAAGGUAAUAUUUUAACUUUCGUUAAAAAAA